AUGGGCGGCUCCUGUCUCGUCGACAUCUUCCCGUCGUCGCGGUUGGCGCGGUGGCUGAGCCAUGGCGGCCGCAGCAUAAAGAAGAGCUCCGCCUGCAUCAAGCGCAUCAUUUCAGGCAUCAUUGAGGAGCGGCAGGCCGCGCGAGCUGCUGCAAGCGAUGGUGCCUGUAGCAGCACCAGCGUCGAUGAGAACUUCCUGGACGCGCUGCUCAGGCUUCAGCAGGAGGGCUCUUUGGAAAUCCCUCUAACCACGGACGCUAUAGGCGCCGUCUUGUCUGACAUGUUUGCAGGUGGCACCGAAACAAUAGCAACCACCUUGGCGUGGGCUAUGUCGGAGCUCGUGCGCAGCCCAGAAAUUAUGGCCAAGGCACAGCAAGAAGUAAGGGAGGUGCUAGGUGAAGGUCGGUCUGUCAUUACUAAUAGUGAUCUCACUAAACUCCGGUACCCAAAGUUGGUCAUCAAGGAGGUCCUUAGGUUGCAUCCGGCCUCUCCUCUGAUCCCGCGCGCGGCUAGAGAGGAUUGUACAGUUAUGGGUUAUGACAUACCUAAAGGCACCAAUGUUUACAUUAACGUCUUUGCGAUAUCUCGAGAUCCCAAAAACUGGAACAGUCCUGGAGAGUUUAAGCCAGAGAGGUUUGAGGACACCCAGGUGAACUUCAAUGGAACAUACUUCGAAUUCAUUCCCUUCGGGGCCGGGCGACGGCAAUGCACCGGGAUUCAGUUCACCUUGUCACUUGCGGUGAUGGCAUUGGCAAACUUUUUGUAUCACUUCGACUGGAAGCUUCCUGAUGCGUCUAGCCUCGCUUCAUUUGACAUGUCCGAGAAAUUUGGGAUUACGGUAUGCAGAAGGUAUGACCUGAAACUCAGAGCUGUUCCACACGUGUGGCCCAACGCUACGCUGUCCGAGUGA